AUGCGUCACUCGGUGCCAAAGUCAAUUGCUCUUGGAUUGUUGUCCGCAUACAUCCUCCAAAGUAGCGGCAAACCAAUCAUACCGAUCGCUCCAUGCCAGAACGAAGUCGAUUGUAGCCACCCAUUCAACAACACAAAUUGGCCUCGUCUUGCCCGUACUGAUGCUCUCCCGCCCGCACUCGACCGCAGAGCCAGUGGCGGAGGACGCCCAACCAAACCCAACGACAACAGUCCCAACGCACCUCAUGUAAACCCAGAUCAGCAGAACACUCCUUCUGACGCCGGCGAUCAGCAGGGUGAGUCUGGGGGGUUCAGUGAGCAGCAAGAGACAUCUGGUGGCUUUUCCGAUUCGCAGGAAACCGAGGGAGGAUUCAACAACAACGGGGAAGGCUCUAGUUCGCAGCCACCAGCCCCCGACCCAGACGCUCAACCAGUAAACCCGGCUCCGGUCCCGAACCCCAACCCGGCUCCAAACCCUAACCCGGCUCCAGGUCCCAACCCAGCCCCGAACGCACCUGCGGGUAAUAACCCUGGUCAGCCAAAUGCUGCUCAGUGCCCGCCUUCAGCAAGGAACAAUCGCAAUCAGCCGGCAACCUCCAACGAGAAUCCAUUCGUUCCAGUAGCAAUUAGAUCUCCUGCAAUCGACGUCACAGCGCGCAGGAACGAGUUUCAAACGACCAUAGCCAAUCUCAACCUGAACGACCGACCAUGGUUCUUCUUCAGCGGGAUCGAAAAGAGAGAUAGAUCUCCACAAUUCAGUUCUGGUCUCAGCCAAAAGCUCGGACAUGGAGCAGACGGCUAUCACUCGAUGAGCGACGUGCUACCACUCACACAGGCCGUGAGGCCAGGCCAGACAUCAUACGCGUCGGAACAUGGGAGGUAUGCGAAAAUGCAGGGGGAAAACCGUGCUGAGGAAUAUUACUGGGCUGUGAACUCGAAAGCGUUCGGUCAAGCAGUUUCAGGAGAUGUUUACGUCGCCCUCCCCGCUGGUAAAAGCGUGAACCAACCCUAUGACGACAAACCUUCCAACUGGUGGUCAUUCGAACUUCCAGAGCUUACGCGCAACCCUAAUGUAAACAGUGUGACGGUCGCGCCUUUCAAGGAAGAUCUCAUGAUCAUGUCCGACGACCCCAAAGAAUAUCUUCACUGGGGGCCGGAAGUACAAAUUUGGAGACAGGGUGAUGAGCCGAUUGGCGUUGAAGCAAACGAGCUCAACUUCAUAACGAAACCCGAAGAACAAUGGGAGAGGCUUCCUGACGUUGAGAUACCGGAAUCGGAUUAA